GAAAAUAUCGAAAAUAAAAAUGGAGGUGAUGGAAGAAGGUGAUCUAAUGGACAGAGUUCCAAUUUUGCUGCAACGAGAUCGUCAAUACUACGACCAAAAUCAAACAGUUCUUCAAGAAGUUAUUUGUCCCGGUGUUGUUGGUGGAACGCUAGAUUUUCCUCGAUCAGCAUCAUUUGCAUCUGUUAAAAUGGUCGAAUGGUGGGAAGAUGAGUAUUAUGCAGCAUACAAAAAAUAUUCCGGUCUGUUACAUUUGAAUGAGUCAAAUGUAGGUGAAAAGAAUAUUGUGAAAGCAUCCAGUCCGGAAAAGUUUGUUUAUGCUAUAACGAAAUCAGCCGACAAGCUUUUAGAACAUAUUCAUACGUUGAGUCAAGAAGCCCUCGAUCAUGCCGAUUUGGCUGUAUUGACCGCGGUCAUUGGAGCAUCGGCUCUGAUUAAAAAUAGUUUAUGGGUUUAUCUACGAUCAGUUACUGUUGAUUGGUGUCCACCAAGAGGCGAUGAAUCUGGUGGCUCUCUAAAGAUAGCAUACAAACAGUAUAACGAAAUGACUGAAGCAUUAGCUGAACGAUUGCUCGAUUUACACGUUCGCUUGUUGUCACUAUAUAUUAUCCAAGAUGCCGAUUGUUUGCAUUGGGAAAAGGAGCAACCAUUUUUUGAGUCCGAACGUGGUUCGUACACAAUUCAAAUGUGGUGGCUCUAUAUGCAAGGUACAAAACAAGAUCUAUGGAAUUCAGUACCGCCAAGCAUGGCAAAACGUGUGCUGGCCGAAAUGCUCAAUGAAACGUUGACCAUUCUUACGGUCCGAUAUCAGCACAUCGUUCCAAGUAAAGCACGAUCACAGCUACUUCUCGUUGAUAUAUCGAAUUUACUGUUGUGCAUGGCAGAUAUUUUACCGUCCGUUUGCGAAACAGGCGAAGCAUUGGCCGGCUUGAAUAUAACACAACAAAAUAAAUCGAUACGCGACAUCCAUUGUAAAUGUCAUGAAUUAUUUGUGAUUCUUCUGGCACGUGGAAUACCACUUGGUGCACUCUAUAAGAUUUUACGAAAAGAUUCAUCGGUAAAUAAUCUAUUUAAACCACGAUCUGGAUCGUCAUCGCCAUGGAUUCAAUUUGCAAUGCCAACAAUAUUUGCAAAUGAUAAUUUCAAUAAAAACGCCAACAACAUGUCCGAAUUUACGAAAAAUGCUGCCAUCGCACUUGAGCUAAAAAUUUUAUUGAAUUCACCACAACCAAACUGGGCGCUGCUCUUAAAGAUACUCUUAAUGCAAAACUCAUAUUUAUCGUCGUUGAUUUUCUCACAUUUAAUAAAUAAUUUACCAACAUCUGAUUCAUAUAAAGCAGCACUCGAUCAACCAUUUGCAAAGCACGAUGUGGAUGCGGAAAAAUGUAAACGAUUUCUUUGUAGCCGAGACUGUCAUACAGUCGCCGAAUGGGCAAACAUCGAUAAUGAUCCCGUGGGCCAGACAAAUUAUCAAGUUGUAUUGGCAAUUACCUAUGUGCUAAUAAUGGUUGGAAAAGCAUCGGACAUGAAAUCAACGAUAAUUGCAUCGUUUGAACGGGCAAUUCACAAAGAUUGGUCAAAUUGCUUGGAUCGACGACAAGUUUGGAAUCAAAAACGGCCACCAUGGUUUGAAGCUCUGCAUCAUAUGAUUUAUCCUCUGUUAUCACCAAUUGCGAACAUAUUAAUAUCUUCCAUGCAAACUGGCGCCACCAUUUAUCAAACCAUGGCUCUAUCAAUUUCAUGUUUAACUGAAUUGCUUGAUUGUUUGCCGAACAAUUUAUUUGUGAUCACAUCAACAUUUGGCGAAAUAAUAUCGACCGAAGUACAACCGCUCGGAGAAUCGGUUUUGAUACACACAUUAUUCAGUGCACUCUACACGAAAUUCAUCGAAAUCGCCGACAAAGAUGUGGCCAAUAAAACGAGUGAAACAACAACAACUGCAAUAAGUAAAUCAUCAAUUUGUACAACGCUUGCUGAAGCUAUAUGUUCAAUUGACGAAGACAAUAAGCACACGGAAGGUAUCCAAAAUCUUAUUGCAAAAGCGCAAAAUUAUGUAACAAUGGAAGAUAGUACGGAUGAAAGUCAUUUCAGUGAGAUGUCGUACUCUGAAUACAAUGAUGGCGCACACAGCGCCAAUCAUAAUUCACCAAAUUUGGAAUUUAGUGUCGAUUCCAGUGACCAUAUACCCGACAUUCUAUGCGGCGAUUUGCUUAAAACUUUUACUGGCAAACAAUGUGCUAAACUACUGUACAAUUACUUAAAGUUUAAUGGUGAAUGGCUACUUUAUAAACUGAAAAUGUGUGCUGUCGAAUUGAGUGAAUUCCAAUCAUUACCCGGUCAAAAUAUAAAAGAAGAAAAAACAGGCUUGCUACAAUCAAUGUUUCACAUUGGGCAGCAACCAUUCGACCAACUGUUAACAGGAAGUCUUCGUAUUGAUUAUACAUCGUGGUUGCAGACAUCAUUGGGAUUAAAUCAUUCGAAAAUGUGGAUGCAAGUAUCAAAAAGAUACGAAUUUCAGGAGAAUACAAAGCCCUCCAUACAAGAUACAGUGAUGAUUGCUUUUAUUGUUUCGCAGUUAAAGCCAUGAGGAGUGAAUUUAUCAAGCGGAAUUUAUAAAAUAUGAACAAUUUGUAGACAUUUAUUUUUAAAUAUUCGUAAUGGCUAUAAAUUAAUUAUUGAAAAUAUUAACAUGUUAUAUGUAAUUAUAGAAAUUAUGGUUUCUGACCAAUAGAAAUCCUGAGGAAUACAAUAAGCACUGUGGAUGUUAUGCACUUUCUUUCUUCACAAUUUCAUGGUUUGAAAUAAGGAAUCGGGUAACUGGCAUUGCUCCGGGCUUUUGUUUGUCAUAAAAAUCAACGCAUAUUAACUCAGUUUAUAAUAGCGAUAAAAUGACUUUUUCAGUCCAAAGUGUGAUUAUGGCCCAAAAUACACUGAAAAUGGCUGAGAAAGGCAAUUUCAGACAUGUGAGUCUAUAAUUUUACAAUGGAAAUAUAAUAAAUUAGUUCCACAGGAAUCUGUAGGCGACCUUGAAAUUCAAAAUCAACAGAAGAUACACUCACAUUAUUAGCAAGAAAAUAAACUUACUCUCACAAUUAUAGAUAUCAAUAUAAACUUACUCUCUACCCGCCCAAUAUCCAAAUUAAAAAAUAUAAACAGAUUUUGUAAAAAAAAACGAUAAAAAAGCAUUUAUUCAAUAGAU